AUGAUCACCAUCAAAGACCUAAUCGGCGAUCUCCCCGAAAUAGACACCGGAAUUUAUUGGGAUCCAGCGUACCCCGAUCAUAGGACACAUAAUUCGACCUUGAAAUCCAGGGAGAUUCUUCGUAGAGUACCUGUAGAUCCUCCCACGAGUGACUACUAUUAUGCUCGAAAGCUUAACCUUAUCCCCAGCAUUCAUUCUAACGCUGCUUACGACUUAAAAAUGAAAAAAUACCCGACGUGCAAUUAUAAAUAUUGCCAGCGUAUCGAUGGGAAUGAUGUAUUCGUUACCAUCUGUACCGUCAUGA